CCCCUUCUCGCCAAAAGUCGCAUAAGUGACGUCAUUUUCCCUAGCCGAAAGUUGCGAAGCUUGUAGGAUCUCGCUGUGAAGAUGGCUGGUGUACUGAAGAAGACAACUGGCUUGGUUGGUCUCAACGUGUGCCAGAAUCCACACAAGCAUCUUCAGGUUCUCUACACGAAGAUUCUGGCAGUACUGCAGACCAUGCCUCGAGACGCUGCCUACAGGAAGUACACAGAGCAGCUGGUGAACGAGCGCUUGAGCCAUGUCACCACGGAGCCAAGUGUUGAGAAGUUGGAACAGAAAAUAAACUGUGGUCUGAUCGAAGAAGUCAUCAACCAGGCAGAGUGUGAACUGGCUCUGUCCAAGAAGAUGGUCCAGUGGAAACCAUGGGAGCCCCUGAUUGAAGAACCUCCAUCCGACCAGUGGAAGUGGCCUAUCUGAAGGAACCUCUCUCUCUGUGUGUGUGACUUCUCUGCUUCCAAUAAAAUCUGCAAUUCUGUCA